AUGGAACCAGCUGUGGAGGUUCAGUCAGGUCCUGAACCAGAGACCUGCUCUAGUUCUGACAGCCAUGAAGACCUCCGCUCCACUCAGGAGGAAUCUUAUGAUGGAGAGUCAGGGAGUGAUACGAACCCCCAGAAACACACCACCCACCAGCUGGACCGGAACCAAGACCGUGUUAACUCCAGAACCACCGCUGAGGUCAAUUCUUUGGUUUGCGCCUCCAUUCCUCUUGGGGAAAAACGUGAUCACGCAGACUUUACCUCAAACCCCCUCACGCUGACCCCAAUCUGCAGCCUGCCCCCUGCUUCCAGCACCGACUCCUCCACCCCUGCAAGUCCUCUUUCUGACCAUGACCCUCAGCCAGGUCAAACGGGUCAUGACCUCUUUGAGUAUCCCUCCUCCUCCUCCUCCUCCUCCUCCUCCCCCGGAUUGGCACCGGCUCCUCCACCACCCAGGAAGGAGUACCCUAGGUGGAGCCCGGUGCUGAGCCGGCAGAGGAGUGGGGAACUGCCUCUCAGAGAGAACUCGCCAGAGCCAGCGUCUGCAGGGCAAGACUCCGACAGGGAGAGCCUGUCAGAGAAACAACAGAAGGAAGCCAAGUCUAAAUGUAAACGCAUCGCUCUGCUCUUGACUGCUGCACCAAACCCCAGAAGCAGAGGGGUGUUGAUGUUCAAGAAGCGCCGGCAAAGGGUCAAAAAGUAUACACUUGUGAGCUACGGGACGGGAGAAACUGAGCUUGCCAACGAGGAAGACAAAUACACGUACAAAGGCAUCAGAUUUCCUCUUUCAGCAAGCAGUGACUCUGAGUUUGAGGACGAGUUCUCUUUUAAUGCUCACGGCCAAGGAUUUGCUUUGAACUUGAACAGUUUGGACUGGCACUGUAGACAAGCCGGCGUAGAGAGAGCGGGUAACUGUGAAGAGAUGGAGCAUCUUCCAGAAACCAAAGGCAAAGGGGUGUUGAUGUUUGCCCAGCGGCGUCAAAGGACCGACGAGAUCGCUGCACAGCAUGAGGAGAUGAGGAGCAAGGGCUUACCGGUGGAAGCGUUCGAAGAAUCCAGACCGGUUCAGCGCAUGAAAUCGUUUACACCUGAGCCGAGCGUUCCAGAUCAGGCCUACGUGGACGUCCAUGUCAAGCAACAAACGCAGCUCCAGGAGGAGCAUCACCAUCAACAGCAUCACAAUCAGCAGCAAUACCAACAACAAACGUUUCCGCAACCAGCCAAUGGACUGAAUGAUGUCGACGCCCUCCAAUCCAAAGGUCUUGUGCCUAACCGAACAGCCAAGCCGUUUCUAAGCGGCCUGAAUCGAGCACCAGCCCCCUAUUCUCCCAUCAGGGGUGUAACCAGCCCGCCACCAAAGAAACCCGAAAAUAUCUUCAAAGUUCCCGUUCCUGUGAACACAACCCCUCAGGUCUGGUCUCCCACGGGAGACAUCAUUGCCUCUCGUGAUGAGCGUAUUGCAGUCCCUGCCAUCAAAACUGGGGUCAUGCCAGAUUCCAAAAGGAGAGGAGGAAACAAGGCUCCGACUGACUCUAAAGAACUACACAAGGGGAACACCCAGCAAAGAAAGUCUUUUGUUGAGAGUGGUGCAGAAGAGGAUUACCUGAGUCUUGGGGCUGAAGCUUGUAAUUUUAUGCAAGCUCCAACCAUCAGGCACAAGCACCCUCCUCCUGUUGCUCCUAAACCAGCAAUCAACCCUGCCUGUCCACCGUGGUCCGCAGAAGGUCAUGCACGUGCCCCUCGGAGUCCGAUUCCCGCAUCAGAUGCAGCUCCUGCUCCAUCUCCAGCUCAGGACUACUCAGCACCGCAGCAGAACUGGGCUCCACCUCAACCCGUAUCCAAGCCCUGGACACCAUCUCCCACCCCGGCACAACACCAGCAACCUGUGGCUAGCUGGGCACCCACCUCCAACCAGCCAACACCAUAUCAGCCUAUCUGGAGCCCAGAACCACAGCCGAACCCAGUGAGUAUCCAGACCCGUAGUGCACCCCAGGUAGCUCCCACUCACUCAAAAGUCCCAUGGACUAAAACCCAAUAUGAUCGCAACUCUGUGACCUCCUGCCCACCCCAACGUGGCACCUCAUACUUCCACGCAUCCAAAGCUCCAACUGCUUCUCCAAAGGGGUAUGCCUCUGAUGCAGGUGCGUGCCAACCCUCCGAUGGGCCAAACUUCAAGGGGAGAGGCGCAGAGCUGUUUGCACGGAGACAGUCCCGUAUGGAGAAGUUUGUGGUGGAUGCUGAAACUGUGCAGGCCAAUAGGGCCAGAUCCCCAUCCCCCACUCAUUCGAUGCCAAGCACGUGGAAAUACUCGUCCAACAUCCGAGCUCCACCUCCAGCUUCCUACAACCCCAUUCUGUCCCCUUUCUACCCCCCAGCUGCACUUAAACAACCCCCUGCAACUAGCCCCAAGUUGUUGUCCAAAGCCAACAAGGAGAAACCCAAACCUGCCCCCAAACAUCUCAACGUCCUGGAUGUCAUGAAACACCAACCCUACCAACUGGAUGCUUCCCUCUUUACGUAUAACUCCAUCCCAGAGAUCAAAAGCCCCAGCUCCCCCGUCCCUCCAGCAGAACCAAAGCGUGGUCCUGGUCACGCCCCUGCUCAUAUAAAAACCCAUUCCCCUGCCGGUGAUCCCUCUCCUACAUUCGCCCCAUCCCCCAUCCCUUCAUCCGGGACUGCCCAACCAAACCUGGCUUCUCCUGCUAAGCCAUCCGGACCGGUGUUUGGCAGAAGUCGCUCUCUGUCCUUGCCCAGGAGACUGUCCUCCAUGUCUUCCCCAGCCCUGCUGCCCUCCAUGUCCUCUUCUGGCUACAACCCACCCCAAGGCCCAUACGAGCGGCAGGGUUCCUGGCUCGACCAGCCCAACAAAUCUCCCAGUCCAUGGGAAGCAGCGGCUCGGAGUCCCCUGGGGCUGGUGGAUGAAGCGUUCGCCUUCCAGAACAUUCCACCGCCCACCGCCCCCCACGUCAGGCCAGCCGCUCAUCGGAAGUCCCUGCCGGAGCCUCCCACGGAAGGAUGGAAGCGCAGGGUGUCGUUUGAGCCCAUUGUCUCCCCCCAGGCCACAGUCCCCACCCUGGCCUUCACGCCCGCUGCCGAACCCACUCCGGUCCCAGCGAUUAAGUCCCCCUCCAAAACCAUACCAUCCUCACCAGUGCCAACUUCCGAUCAGCAGCCUGUCUAUGGGCCCCCCUUCAAACCGGCCCAGCCCCUGUGGUCCAACGACAAGAUCUCUGGGACACGCUCCCUCCCAAGAGGUAUCUCUCUUCACUCACCAAGCACGGCGUCACCCAAGGAGAGCUGGAUGUGA